AUGCAAAUCAAAGUCAAGACCUUAACCGGCAGAGAAAUCGAGCUCGAUGUCGAGCCAUCAGACAAGAUCAUCCGUAUUAAGGAGCUCAUGGAGGAAAAGGAGGGGAUUCCACCCCCACAGCAACGUCUUAUCUUCCAGGGAAAGCAGUUGUCUGAUGAAAACACCGUUGGUGCCAGCAAAGUUGACGCUGGUGCCGUGUUGCACUUGGUGUUGACCUUGAGAGGGGGCAAUUAA